AUGUCGGUCCAGAUCUUCCUCAACAGGCCUCACGCAUUCUUUACAAACCUCGACUACAUCACGGGCAAGGCCGUCUUGUCCCUCUCGACGGAAACGCCCAUAACUUCCAUUAUCGUCAAGUUAGAAGGCGAGAGCCGGACUCGUUUAGCCGCUGCGAAGUAUCCGCACAAUGAACGGUCAGACAAGAAGCGGACGGAGAUUGAAUUGCACAAGGUGCUAUACAAGGUCAUCACCCUCUUUCCUGGACCGGAGAUACAGGAUCAUGUAUCACCUAAUCCAUUCUAUACCCUCGCACCAGGAAUAUAUGAGUACCCUUUCCAAUUCAGGUUCCCGUUCAACAACGAUUGCAUCGAUAACCCAUUGCCCACUAACUUGAACAUGGCCGGCAUAAGGGUAGAGGUAGCUCGGGAUACCAAUCAGCAUAUUCGAAGAACCCUGCCUCCUUCAUUGACCGGGUUCCCCGGUGAAGCUGAGAUUAAAUAUUAUGUUAAGGCGACAGUCGCCAGGCCGCAGUUUUACAAGGAAAACUACAGAGGAUUUGCGGAUUUCAGGUUUCUGCCUAUAGAACCGCCGCGGAAGAAGGAGGUUGAUAAGGAAUCAUAUGCUAGACGAGAGCAUCAGUUCAAGUCCCGAGCACAACCGCAGUCACCCCAGUCACCCCAGUCACCCCAAGAGAAAAAGGGGCUCUUCAAAGGCAGUGCUGAAAGCGAGCUGUUGCCUCGUUUCUCUGUCGAUGCACGCCUGCCUAGCCCUCCGAUAAUAACGUGCAAUGAACCGCUACCACUUCGCAUCUUGAUAAAGAAGCUCAACGAUAGUAGCGAGAUUGUUACCCUCCAGCUUCUGCAGAUAGAACUGAUAUCCUACACCUAUAUCCGUGCUCAUGACCUUACUCGAACUGAAAGCGGAAGCUGGGUUGUCACUACUCGAAGUAACAUUGGCUUGCCCUUAGGCAACGGCAGUGACCCGGCGGGUAAAGAAUGGAAGCUGGAUCCAGAAAUGUGGAAUCGUAUACCACUACCUAGCGCCGUUCUUCCAUCCUUUGAGACAUGCAAUAUGUCAAGAGCAUAUGAAUUAGAGAUAAGGGUUGGACUGGCCCAUGGGCCAGCUGGGUCGAAGAAAGGUCUUAUUGUCCUUCCUUUACGGAUGGCCGUUCAGGUAUUCUCCGGUAUUCCGCCGCCUCAAGCACUUCUUGACGCUAUGGAUGGGCGGCCAUCAAAGGAGCCAAUUCCAGCUCCUAUGCAAAGCCCGGCUUUCGGGCUAGAUCAUGGGCCUAGUCAUGUACCUAGUCAUAUACCGCCUAGCCAGCCUAUGCCAGGUCCCAGUCCGACCUCGAGCAACCCGAAUAUACCACCUCCCCAACCCCCACGCCCACCAAUCCAAGCAAACCACCCUAUUGCCAUGGAUAACUACGAAGAAGCUCCCCCGCCCAGCUACGAGGAUGCGAUGGCGGAUGCUCUUGCGCCAGUAGAUGGCCCGAGGCGCGAGUAUAACCCACUUGCCGCAUCACAACGCCCUUCGUCAUGGACCUCAACUGAUGCUCAAUCUUCAGCACCCCCCGGUAACCCCAGAAGCAAUAGCUUCGGCCCCUCCGGUUACGGUGGCUACGAUAUAGAUUCAAAAUGUGACGAACGACUAUUUCCCAGCGACGCCGGAUCGCGGUCCCCGACAUUUGAGUUCACGAAUAUCCCGCCUGUGAUGGUCGAGAGAGAUGUAAACCAGCCAUCCCGCCUAGCCACUACGAACGAAACCGAUGGGCUGGGAAAUAGCGGCCUACUAAUGCAGAAGCAGAUACGUGAGUUCCAACACUACCAGAUCUCGGGACAACACGACGACGUAUCCGAGUCGCCAACGGCGUCAACAACAGAUUUACCGUCGAUGACAUCCUCGUCAACGGUAUCACUACCGAUGGAUAGACCGCCUCUACAGCCAAGGCGGACAACACCAAUCAUGCCGAACCUAGGUAUACCACCUAGAAAACCUGUGCCAGCACCGAAGAAGAUGAAUUCUUUACCUUGA